CCCAGCGCGCAGGCGCGAUGGACCCGGAGGCUCGUCCCUCGGGCUCCCAAGCACUGGUUCGGACCAGCCUCCCGCCACCUGAGGCGCUGUUAUCCGCCAGCCUUCAGGAGGAGCUGUACGACUGCCUGGACUACUACUACCUGCGCGACUUCCCGGCCUCCGGGGCUGGACGCAGCAAGGGCCGGACGCGGCGCGAGCAGCAGCUGCGCACCAGCCGGCCGGUGCCCGGCGGCCACGAGCGCAAGGUGGCGCAGACGCUGAUCAACGGGCAGCGCAAGCGGCGCCAGCGCCAGCUACAGCCUCGGCCGCUCACGCGCCUCGCUUGAGCCGGAAGCCUAAAGGACCUGCUAAAAGUAUUUUCACUUUCCAGCUGCAACUGUGGUCCUCCAUGUUGGUCAACAGGACUUUUGACAGUGCUUAAGUUUACUGCUUCUAUCUUUUCCUUAUUAGUUAAUUAUUAAGUAAGUAAUCUCCAAGUGGGUAUGCCUUUUUAGGGUUUUCAAUUAAAAGAGAACAGCAAGAAUGCAUUUUAACUUCUGGGUUUUUUUCCUAGUUACCAUGGUAACUGGUUUCCAAUUCACAAAUAUUUGGGCUCUUCAGUGUAAAGAAAAGAUGACAGGUCUGAGGAGAUGGCUUAUACUGUAAAGUGCUUGCAACUCAAGCAUGAAGACCUGAGUUCAAUCCCUAAAACUCAUAUAAAAAAGCUGAGCAUCAAGCCGGGCAUGGUGGCA